CUGUUCUCUCCUUUCAUUUGUUUACAGUGGCAGUUUUCGUACUUUCCCUCUCGUAAAAUGGCAGGAAGAAAUGUUAGAUUCGAAUAUGAUGUAGGAGAGAUUGUUCUAUGCUUUGAACCAGAUGCAACUAAAGCUAGAGUUUUGUAUGAUGCUAAAGUGGUGGAGCAAAGGUUUGUUAAAGAUGCGAAUGGGAAAAAGAAACCAGCUUACGUUGUCCACUUUCAAGGCUGGAAUAGCAGCUGGGACCGACAAGUUGGUGAGCACUACCUGCUGAGGAACACAGAUGAAAACAGGGAGCUGAUGAGAAAACUGGCAGAAACUGCCAAAAAAUUUAGCCGCAAAAAUAGCCAAAGACGUCGGAAGAUCAAUGGCAUCUUGCAUGAAGCAUUUGGGGGAGCACCGCCAGAGUUUGACACCAUCAGUGAAAGUGAGGAGUCUGAAGAGGAAUCUGAUUCUGGCAGGAAAAUAGCCAGAGUUAAAACAGGACCAGAAAGAAAGAGACAGAAAACUAGCAUUGUGGAGUUUGAAAUGCCUGACAGUUUAAAAGUUCAGCUGGAGGAUGAUUAUUUUCUCAUCAACAAAAAGAACAAGCUUACUCGCAUACCAGCCAAGCCUUGCAUUCUAGACAUCCUGGAGAGCUUCAUGAAGACAUUCUGUGUAAACUACCUGUGUGAUCCUUCAGGUGGUCGGGAGAAAACUCGAACAAGUAGCAGCAAACACACCUUAAAGUGUCCGCCUGAUAAGUGUGUAUCUCUGUGUAAAGAGUUUGUAGACAGCCUUCGGAUCAUCUUUGACUUCACCCUACCCAUCAUCCUCCUGUACGCAGCUGAGCAACAGCAGUACGAAACAGCAAUGAAAGACAUCAAACAUUCAGACCUACAUGCUAAAGAAAAAGAAGUGGCGUCAUCGUCGUCUUCAUCAUCUGAGCUCCCCCAGAAAGGGACACCCAACUCAAACUGCAAAACUGAGCGGGCAACCCGGCAGCAUCACCAUCAAUCACCCUCCUCCCCAUCAGCGGCGGAGCCAUCGUUCCGUCGCAUCACCAGACGCAGUCUGCACGAAACCACCAAAGCCGACAAGAACAAUUUAAAAUCAAAACCGUCCACUUCCUCUAACUCAGCCGACCACAGGAACAGCAAACACUCGGAACAUUCUCCGCCCAAAACCCCGCAUCCCCCGGACGAGCCGGUCAUCCCCAUAGCGUCACGGACGCGGCGGAGAGCCCAGUUUGAGGUGGUGGAGUUGUCCAGCGGUAUUAUCAUCAAACAGGAACCUGUUAGUGAGAAUGACAUGAACACAGUACUGGAGUUGCCUGGUACAAGUCAGCAUGAACUGUAUCACAGUAAUGGACAGGAAGUGGCCUGUAGCGCUGCUGGUACUGAGAGCUUGACCCUGGGCUCGUCUAAAGGACGGGAAGACGCCAUGGACAGAAUUCUUGGCUGGCAGCUGUUGCCUCAAGAAAUUCGGACGAACGGGCCAGUCACACCAUCACAAAUUUAUGGGACAGUCCAUUUACUGAGGAUGUUUGUAAAGUUGCCUGAACUACUGAAGAAGAUGCACAUGAAAGAUGUUCAGCUACAGAUUAUUAUCAAAUUUAUUCACCACUGUUUGCAAUAUCUGGUUGAUCAUCAAAGUGAGCUGUUCCAUGACAGUACGUACAUUAAGGCAUAGAGUAUUUCAUAUAAGGCAAGAAUCAUAUGUUUAUCAAGGCAUUGCUUUGUACAGGCACCAACCAAGGCACAGCCGUGUACGUAUGCAUUAAGGCACAGCUAGGUGUAUAAAUCAUUUGUGUAUCUGUAUGUACAUCAAUUUAAAGCAGAGCUGUGUAUGUACUCAUUGUUGUAUACAUACAUCAAUUAAUGUUUAUUAAUUAAAAGCAUCUGUAUAUGUACAUCAGUUAAGCCAUAUAUGUGUGUUACUGUAAAAUCCUGCCUCUGUUAUUAUUUUCAACAUGGUAUAUUAGCCUCAUAAUACAUGCCAUUUUAGAUGAGUGGAAUUUGAAUCUUCUAUAAAUAAAUAGAAAUAUCUAUAAAAUUGAAAGUUAAGUAACAUUUAUACAUCUAUGUAGAUCAUUUAAAGUAACAACCACUGAUUAGGUGCUGCCAUUAACUGGAAUUUAUAGGAAGUAAAACUAUUUAUGGGACGGCGGGGCCUAGCGGUGGAGAGCUACACUGCUAACCUGAAAGUCUCUAGUUCGAAAUCAAAUUAAGUCUAUAGAACAUCCCUGAGUCCACCCAACUCUGACGGGCACCAAACUCAAGCAAAAGAAAGUAUAGUACUAACCACACUACACACUUGUCCCAUGGACUGUCAGGUUCGAAAAGGGAACUUUACUUUUAAAACUAUUUUUUUAAAAACCCAUACGAUCCAACAAAUAAUGUGUCAAUCUUUGGUCUAGAACAAAUAAUUUAAGCAGGUAAACAACCAACCAUUUAAAAUAUAUCUCAAUGAUGUUUUUUUUCUUUAAGGUGUAAAUAUAAAUCUUUGAAUUGCCUCAUCCUUAAAUAUCAAAUCUAAAAAUUGGAAACCGUAUACAAUCAGUUCAUUGUUGCCAUUUUAUGUAUACAUUGUUUCAGUGCCCACCAUGUUUACUUGAUGCAAAAAGUGUAAAAAAAAAUAAUUCACAUUUGUAUUGCUUUCUUUUUGUCAGAUUAAUGUUACAGGCUUUAGUUUCAGAAAACAAUAACCCAAUUUAAAAAUAGCUUGGUAAAAUCUAAUAUUUUUAAAAUACUAUUUUAAAAUAAAAAAAUUAUUUCCUUUUUGCCCCUUUUAAAAAAAAUUAUGUGAUCUAAAAACGAAAAUGCUUUGAUUGAAGUUUAUUAAUAUACUUAAUUUUCUAUCAGUAGUAAUUAUAUUAAAACUUACCUGGAAAAUUUUCUAUCUGCAUUUUGGAAGAUAAAAUUCUGUGGUAAUUUUUAGUUAAUGCUGUAAUGUAUUAUAAAUAUGAUUCUUAUAUAAAUAAUAAAGAAUUUGCUUGUAUUGUUUGUAAAUAUCUACUGUAUUUAAUGUUGUUAUAUAAGGCACAGCAACACCCUAUUUUUGUUGCAGUAAGUUAAGUGUUGCAAACAUGCUAAUCAAUUAUAUUUUUAAAACAUUGAAUAUAAAAGAUUGUUUCAUUAAAUGCUUGUCAACUUUUAUAAAAGUUAAGCCCAAGCUGUAUCAGCUUGCAGAUAGCUCUACAUCAUUUUAAACUGUUUCAUAUUCAUUGAUGUUAAAUACUAGAAAUUCAUCAAAAUUUCAUGUUUACUAUUCAUUGCGAUGAAAUCAAAGAUAAAGUGUUUGGACUUCUCAUGUACAUCUUUUAAAUUAAUGUAUGUUGUAAUGGCAAGUAAAUGAUGUAAUUCAUCUGAUUCACUGGUCCAAAAUGUAAUCUGUUAUACAGCUAAUUCAAGAUGUUUUUAUAUUAUCUUGAGCUGUUUAUUAAUUUUUAUUCUGUAAUUUUUUUUUAAAUAUUUUCAUUUAACCAUGUCGGUUUGUGAGUGUAAUGUAGUGAUUCACUUACAAAUUAUAGGUUCUGAGUUCAAAUCAUGGUUACCUAACUGGUAUUAAGUAUGGCAGUGGUAUACUUCUGUCCAUCUUUGUUAAUUGAAAUCAGUCAUGAAGCUAGCUAUACUAAAUGUAAUUUUUUUCAUUACUUCUAACUGGUUGGUUAUAGCAUUUUACAUUUAAUAACAUCCCCCUGAGUAUAAUUUUCUAUUGAAUUGGAUCUAAGCUUCCCCUCCCCUCACUAAGCAGAUAAAACCAAUUUUACCCAUAUAAUCACUAUUCAAAAAAUGUCUUUAACUACUUUAGUUAGUAAAUAUAAUUAACCCAACACCAUAAUAUUUAAAAAUAUUUUCCUAAUUGAAUUUUUUUUUAACUUCAGUAACAAAUUUCGUACUGAUAACAAUUAUAAAAUGUGAUUUUUUUAUUAUUUAACACCACAACUAAAUACUUUACUUGCUUUUAAAAAUUUUAGAUUUUUUUAAAAGACUCAAGUGUAUUUUACAUAAUUAAAUGUAGCCUAUGUAUUUAAGAAAUAAUUGAGGACA